AUGUCUGACAUCCCACCAACCACACCAUUUAUCAAGCCUGACUGGGUGUCUGUUUGUGGUGAAUGUGGUGAUGAGCUGGCAUGGCGUGUGGUUAGUUCAAGCAAGAAUGACAACCGUGGGCGGUGGUAUGCUAUGUGCUCUAAGAAGACGCCUGCAGGAAAACCUGAGUUCUUUCGGUGGGGGUCUCCAAAGUCUUCACCAAACCAAUCUCCCCCCAACUUAUCACCGACUUUGCAUUCUGGCUCAUUGCCACCUGUGGCAGGCACAAGUCUCAUUCCUGAGUCUCAUGUGUCUCAUGCUCAGGAUGCCAGCUCCAAUACUCACCAUUGCGCUAUUCCUGGCUGCAAGUCAAGCCGUGUUGCUGUCAGUUGCAAACAUGAAUGCUGCCGCAAGCAUUGUCUUGCUUUUGGCGGGUGCCGCCUCAAGAAGCAUAAGCUAUCUCCAGCUGAAUGUCAAUGCUUUGCUGCCAUUGAUCCUGCAUUAUUGGUAGUCCCACCAAAUCCUCACCACCGUAAUUCAAUGACUCCAUCUGAAACCCCGGAUUCAAUUCAACCCACCCCAGACCUAGAGACGUGUGCUCCUACCCCAAUCCUAACCCAUGAAACCCCUUACACCACCCUUCCGCCAGCAUCUGUGACUCCUGCAGCCAGUCGAGAAUCCUCUGCUGGACCAUCCAACCUUCCUGUCACACGCACCAAGAAGGGUAAAGCUCGUGCUGUCGAAGAUGUUGAUAUGCUUGCAAAUUCUCGCCAUCCGUCACAACUUCCACCAGUCUUCACUCAACGAUAUGCUGAACAAGAGCUGCGUGACCUUGCAUGGUGUGCAGCCAACACCAUUUAUGCCUAUGGCUGGUCCAAGGAUGGCAAUCAGGCUGAGAUGUUCGAGGUCCAGAAUGGAUUUACCUAUCCCCAGCUCCAGAUGACUGCCUCCAUCCUUUCCGCUCUAGGCUUGACUGCUGGUGAGGACGGCUCCUCCAUGCUGCAGUACUAUAACACAGCAAGGAGCAGAUGGGUCAAUAUCAUCCAGGGCCAUGUCAUCACUCUCGACACACACCAUAUCUUCGUGUGCAAUGUUGGUGUCUCUGUCAUGCCCGACUUUGAUACGAUAUUUCAUGACUGUGCUGCCAGUGAAGCUGGUGCCCCGAACAUCCGAACCAAUCUCCAAGCCAAGCGUGCAUCUAUACGCCAUGCUAACAACCGUGAUCUAUUAAAGCUGGCGUCCUCGAAGAGACUAGCCUCGGUAAUUGAGGUCUCUAGCAGUUCAGAUGAUGAAGUCAUUGCCCCUGGCAAACACAAGACUGCUGCCCGCCAUCAGGACCAGCAUGGCCCUACCUGUCGUAUAUGUACCAAUACUGGUGGAUCAUCACACCCUCCUGCCAUCAAGGUGGAACACUCACUGGGCACCAUUGAGCUUACUUCAGAUGAAUCUGACGAUAGCCUUCUUACGACUGGUGGCUUAUUCCGUCUUCCUGUCAUGAAAACAGAACAACAUUCACUGGGCACCAUCGAACUCGCUUCAGAUGAAUCUGAUGAUGCUGUCACAACAUUGCCUACUGGUCUGACAGCUGGUGACCCCAUUGAUGUUGAUUCCUUUAUUCUCAAACGUACCUGGCCGAAAAGCUUCUAUACAUGCGAGGUCGCAGAUGUCUUCAAAGUUGCAGUGGUUGAUGAUGGGAGAAGCCUGAAGACAAAGUUUGAGGAAGUGUAUGGUCCUGAUGUGCGCUUCUAUGCAUCAACUUUCAGUGAUCACUUCAAGCGCUGGAAAGCUGCUUCCCCCUCAUCUCGUUCGGAGUUCAUUGAAGCAGGAAAGACAGAUGACGGUCUGUACUCGAAGUUUAUGAAGGCAAACCCUGCGCCAGGGGGGGAAGUCAAAGCUGCGAAGAAGCGCCUCACACGCCUGCGUGGCUAG